AUGUCAUCACCAAUUCCGAUGAAACAAAAGCAGUCCCGAGAAGAGGAAUGUCGGUUGCAGAUCAUCGUGGUCGGAGCUGGGCUUGCUGGCCUAGGAACCGCGAUCAGUUGUCUGCUAGCCGGUCAUGAUGUCCACAUCCUCGAAGCCACACAUGAGAUCCGCGAAGUCGGUGCCGGUAUACAAGUACUGCCCAACAGUUCGCGAAUCUUGCAACACUGGGGUCUGCAAGAGUCCCUAACGCCGCACAUGACUUAUCCACGAAUGUGCAACUUUCUCGGUUGGAAAGGAAACCUGAUAUCGUCACUUGACUUCCACGAAUCCGAGAAACAGUACCCCGGGACAUGGUAUCGCGAUUUUCAUCGGGCGGACCUCCAGCAGUGCCUCGUUGCGAGAGUUCAGGGGCUGGGAGGACAAAUAAUAUGCAAUGCCCGCAUUGUGGACGUUCAAGUUCAUACGGACAACUCGACGGCAACCGCGAUCUGUGCAGAUGGCCGAAAAUGGACAGGCGAUCUGGUGAUCGGUGCUGACGGGGUGUUUGGAAAGCUGACACAGGUGCUCUUGGGACGGCCGGAUCCUCCGACUAAUACAGGUGACUUGGCGUAUCGUCUGCUUCUAUCAACGGAAAAAAUGCUCCAAGAUCCGGAGCUGGAAGUGUUCGUGACGGAUCCGCAAGUCAACUACUGGUUGGGACCGGAUGCUCAUGCAGUGAACUAUGUUCUUCGUGAUGGAGAACUUUUUAACAUGGUUCUCUUGGUCCCGGACGACAUUCCCGAAGAGUCAUUGGCUUCAACGGUCGAAGGCAAUGUGAAAGAGAUGUGCUCUUUAUUCAAAGGAUGGGAUUCACGUAUUCAAAAACUUCUCCAACUCUGUGAAUCUGUCCACAAAUGGAGACUCUGCAUUCGAUACGGCGAAUACGAUUGGACACAUCCCUCAGGAACGUGGGUGAUGUUGGGCGAUGCUGUCCACGCCACAUUGCCUUAUUUGGCCUCGGGAGCCGGAAUGGCAUUCGAAGACGGGGCAGUACUGGGCGAAUGCCUUUCCCGACUCCCAGACUACCGCGGUGUGUCCAAGAAAUCCCCCGAUUUUCUCGAACAGCAACGCCAUGCCUUAUCGGUUUUCGAAGAAUGUCGCAAACAACGCACGCAGAUGGUGGUGGCGAGGGGGAACGUACAACAGUAUCUGUAUCAUCUGCAUGAUGGACCUGAGCAGGAGGAACGGGACCGAAAGAUGCAGAUGGUCCCGACCCCAGAAGGUGAGGCUUUGGCCUGGCGAGAUCCGGGUCUGGCACCGAAAUUAUUGGGCUAUGAUCAUAUCAACGAUGUUGAUCGUCACUGGGAGCGGCUACACGACAGUGCAAUGAAUGAGGAUACGUCAACACAAUCACGACUAUAA